AUGCAAAGAGAAGUUGAAGAACCAUUAAAAGCAUCGUAUGUAUCUGGUCUCAAACAACAUGCGAAAUCAAAGCCCUUUCCUUUCUCCUUGGUUCUUUUAAAACUUUUUAAAUACAUAUCUACAUGCAUGUGGUCAUUAAAAAAAGAGUUUUUUUUUAUGAUCACCAAAAGCCCCGACAAGAGAGAUAUUGAAACAAACAAUGAUCAACAAAAUGCUAAUUGCUUGCGUCAUGCUUCGUAG